GAAGCCGGAAGUCCGAAACCGGAAGCCGGAAGCUAAUCUGUGAGGACGUGUUCCGAGGAAGUCGGAGCCGGGAUCCGGCGCGGCCGGCGACAUGGAGCCGCUGUACCAACAAACGCACAAGCAGGUCCACGAGAUCCAGUCUCACAUGGGACGCCUGGAGACGGCUGACAAGCAGUCUGUACACUUGGUAGAAAAUGAAAUUCAAGCAAGCAUAGACCAGAUAUUCAGCCGACUAGAACGUCUGGAGAUUUUGUCAAGCAAGGAGCCCCCUAAUAAAAGGCAGAAUGCCAAACUUCGUGUGGACCAGUUGAAAUAUGAUGUCCAGCACCUUCAGACUGCUCUCAGAAACUUCCAGCACCGGCGCUAUGCCAGGGAACAGCAGGAAAGACAGCGAGAGGAGCUUCUGUCUCGCACCUUUACCACUAAUGACUCUGACACCACCAUACCCAUGGAUGAAUCACUGCAGUUUAACUCCUCCCUUCAGAACAUUCACCACGGCAUGGAUGACCUCAUUGGAGGCGGGCACAGUAUUCUGGAGGGACUGAGGGCCCAGAGACUGACCUUGAAGGGGACUCAGAAGAAGAUCCUUGACAUUGCCAACAUGCUGGGCUUGUCUAACACGGUGAUGCGGCUCAUUGAGAAGAGGGCCUUCCAGGACAAGUACUUGAUGAUCGGAGGGAUGCUGCUCACCUGCGCCAUCAUGUUCCUUGUGGUGCAGUACCUGACAUGAGGCAGCCUCGCCCAGUGCUGAACAAUGCUCCCACUGUGUGAGAGAGUGCAAGAGUGUGUGUGUGUGUGUGUGUGUGUGUGCGUGCGUGUGAGGGAGAGGAAGGGCCUUUUCAAUGUAUGCCUGCCUUAACUGUGAAGACCACUUGGGUAUAAUUGUGACCCAGUUUCAAACCUGCUCUGUUUGCUGUGACCUCCUGGAAGAGGAGCUAGUGCCACCAAGAUGCACGGUGCUCAGGAAACAGAAGGAGUCUCUGUUGUCCAGCUCUCUCUCCAUGGGGGAGGGGAGGAUGGCUGUGGGGGCUUUGUCACACCAUUGCAGCCCACCGUGGAAGGCUUCCACUGUGAAGCAUACAUGCUGAACUGCUCAUCUCAUCAUCCCCCAGCAUCAGAGUCCUCAUGGAUGGGCUGGAGCACAGGCAGGAAGAAAGGGAAAAAGACCUUUUUUUCCCUGCAUCUGCUGGGGUUGAUCAGUUUCUAUACUUGCUUCUAGCCACUACCCCAGUCUCCCCCUACCUCCACUCCCACCCUUGCUUAAAGCAAUGAGCUGUAGAUGACUAACUACUAACACUCAUCAUCCUUCCCUGGAAGCUGCUACUCAGCUGGGGGAAGCAGACAUUGGAGCUGAUGCCGAUGGUGUAUGAGCCUUUCCACGCUAUGCUUGUUGGAUACGUGUCCUUCCUGAGGUAAGGCCAGUGUUGAUGUCUGGGAGUAUUCAGUGUCUGGAGAAAGGCCCAAGUCACUGCUUGUUUCUAGUCAUCACUAGAAUGAAUGGUCAGCUCUUAGGAUCCAGAGACUUGAGGUUGGUGCCCAGGCUUCAGUAGAUCUUUCCUUGCCACUUAAGAAGAGCAGUGAGUGAAGGCUUAGGGACCAACCAGUUGCAUCUGUAGUUUUUCAGCUUCUCCUUGGACUACAUUGGCACCCAUCAGUUCCCCCAGUCUGCUUCGCUGGCAUAGGCCAUUCUGGAGCUCUCCCUAUGGUGGAUGCCAUGGAACUGGGACCUUUUUCUUUCUCUGUCAGGCUUUGAUUAAGGUCACACCCAUGUAAUAGUGUGUUGGGGGAUUUAUUGGAAAGCCAGUCUAUCUUGAAGUCCAUCUAAUGUGACUAAUUGCUGAAAGUAUCAGAAAGACAGUAUUGUCCUGCCUGCCCUACCAUCCCCUAAGCUCAGUAGACUUGUGGUAGGACAAAAUAGCACUCCUUUUUCUAGAACUGGAAAACUGAUCAGUAUUAACGCUGCCUUUCAGUAUCUUGCCCCAUGUACUCCUGUCUUUGUCCCUCAUUGCUUGAACUGUCUUCUGUUUUGUCCCUCCUCCCCCUGCUAUGCAUUUCAUUCCACCUCCCUUGUGUGCUGUAGCAAUAUCAGUCUCUUCUUACACAUCUGUGGCAUAGGUCCUCUGGUGAAUUUUCUUAACUGCCACAGAUUUUUAACCUAAGUACUAAUUUCUUAUUUCUGAUGUGAUAUCCAUCACUUCUAUCCCUUUGGGCCAAAUGGGCCCUAGAUGUCCAGGAAGGAAGAAUCUCUGUCUCCUAAAAAGGGAUUCACAGCCCUGCAGAGUGGAGAUCAUGGCCCUGGGCAACAUCUUUAGACUAAUCUGACUUUGGGGAGGAAUACUUGGAAGAUUUUAUCAUGCCCAGCACAGAGUUCUUGAUGGGCCAUAAAUGGAGUUUUUAGACUGUACAGACAUGGUCCUCCUGUUACCUGGGCACCUGAAGAUCUUUCCAGGACAGCACACUUUGGAUUGCAGUGGAGCCAUUUGGAUUUGAACUCUAAGGCAGACCACCCUCCUAGCCCCUUUAAUAGUGAUCUUUGGCUGAUGAACCUUUGUGCUAUACCCUCAGAACCCGAGAUCUCCCUGCUUUGGAGAAAAAUGUGUGGAGUUAGGGGCUAGGAAGCAGCAGACAGUCUUUCUGGAGACACUAAGGCUGCUAUUGUCACAUGCCUACCUUCCCGUUGUGCCCUUUGCCCUGUGAAUGUGCCCUGUCCUGUGUGCAACUGGGGAGGGAGUGCCCUCUAGUGGACAUGGAUGAGUUCUAACCUGGAAACCCAAGCAGGCAGCCUCUGUUGUUGGGAGCAAGAGUUAGGUGUGGCUUUUAUGGUUUUGAAACAGGUGGGUUGCCAAGAGGAACUCGAACUUUCUCUCUUAAGUGGACAUGUACUCCAGGUCCGGCCACUUUAAGAAAAGUGAAAUUCAAAAGACCAAGUGAACAGUCUCAAUUUUUUAGAUUUUCCCCCUAAGUUCUUGCCUUGUUAGAAUUUAGAUGGGUUUAAUUUGCAAAUUGGGUGAACACUUAAUGUUUUCAAAACACCAACUAAAUAAAGUCAAGAUUUAUUUUAUUUAGAAAA